AUGCCAGAAAAGUUGAGCUUUGAGAAGGACGCACCCCUGGGGGAAGUGCCACGGGAGGAGUUGCCCUCGGGAGGGAUGCACUUUGGGGGAUCACACUUUGGGGGAAUACACACGGGAGGAUUACACACGGAAGGAAUACACACGGAAGGGUUACACACAGAAGCAUUACUCUCAGAAGCAUUACACUCGGAAGGAGUGCACCACGAAAUAUACACACCUCAGGUAGAGCUUCCCAUAAAUGAGUGGGUUGGUGACUCAGGAGAUGGUUCAACAAACCGUGCAAGAACCAACCGAGUAGACGCGCUGGAAAUGAUAAAAACAAAUGAGGUAACUCUGUUGGAGUCGCUAAACGAUUCAACGUGUAACAUAUUGAAGAAUCGACAUGUGCUGCGUGACCAGGGAGGAGUGUGGACAAGCGGAAGAGACAGACCUAACGGGAUUGAAGCGACACACGACAUAAUAGAGAAGCAAGAUCCGGAUAGGGAUGCAAAUAAUAGCAUUUUUAAUUUAUACCAAAGAAAGUACAGAGGGGGAGAAUUACCCAGCGGGGUGAGUUCACUACAACAGAUGAUGGAGAGAGAGACCCACGCGGAAGAGACACUAGUGCUUAGCAAAAGGGAUGAGUUAGAAGACACCAGUUGUGGGGGUGGAGAAAGGGAUGAACCAAUUAACGAACUUUAUUCGUGGGGGAACCACAACUUUUUUAAUCGAGGGAUGGCACCCCAGGGACAUAUCGAGACGGCCUUUUGUUUGGGGAAUAGCGACACGAAUUGCUUUGCGCGUGCGACAGGUGGGGAAGGCCUCCAUGGUGCAGAAGGUCUCUAUGGUGGGGAAGGCCUCUAUGAUGGAGAAGGCUUCCAUCGUGGGGAAGGCCUCUAUGGUGGAGAAGGCCUCCAUCGUGGGGAAGACCUCUAUGGUGGAGAUACCCCCCCGGGGGAGUACCCCCUACGUGGAGCCUCUCCCAUGGGACUUCCAAACAAAGGUGAAGACGCCACGCUUAACCACAUGCACAAAAGGGGGUGCUCCUUUGACAUAUCGGAGAGGUCCCCUCCUGAUGGAUCCCCUCCUGAUAGGCCCCAUUCUGAUAAGUCCCCUCCCGAUGCGUACGACAGAAGCGGCUACCACUACAUCGGUGGAGGUGCCCCCCAUGUGAAAAGCCCCCUACUGAAGGAACGAACGCAUUACUACGGAGUGAAGUUCGAUGGGGAGGACGAAGACGAGACGGGGACAGUCCCAAAAGGGGGAUGCUGUCCUCCCGUAAAAAAUAAGUGUAGCGGGUGUACUGGGUGUACUGGGUGUAGCGGGUGUAGCAGUAGUGGGGCACUGCCAGGGGACUUCUCCCAGGAGGGAUGCGAAAGCGAGAAGCCGUUCGUCUUGAAUCACUUGAGCAUGGGAGGAAGCUACAAAGGAGAAACACUCCUUUUAGGGUCUCGGGCUCUCCAAAUGGCAAGUACAGACGGAGCUUCCACAAAGAACACGUUCGACUUCGUACCCCUCGAGAACAUCCAUGUGAACGAUACGAAUGUGUUCAGGAGGAAACAAGAAGGCGUAACGAUUAGUUUAAAGGGAGACCUAAAUGGAGAGAAGAGUCACGUUGGGGAAUUGAUGCGUCUUAGGACGAUAGGAAGCUCCCAAAACGAACGUCUAAAUCGUCUCUGUAUUGGAAACCAAUUGGGCAUUCGCCUCGAUGAGGGGGAGGUCUCUACAGGAGAGCAAACGUUUUGUAGACUUAAAACGGAUAGAGGAAGCAACGAGUGCUCCUACAGGGAGAGCAAACGUCUUAGCCAGAAUGCCGAGGAGAAGGUGAACAUGCAGAUAUGCGACCUGUUGGGAUGCACCUCACGAGUUUCUGCUUUUUACGGGGGAGAUGAGCAAACAGGAGGGGGAGACCCCAGGGGGGGGGACUCCAGAGUGGGGGACUUUAGAGUGGAAGACUUCAGAGUGGAAGACUUCAGAGUGGAACCCCCCAGAGUGGAAACCCCACAACAGAUGAUGGACCCGCUUUCCUUCAUCAGAGGAACAAAGCACGCAGGGAGACUACCCCCUACCGAUACGUACCAUUUAAAUGACUUCAUAAUUUGGGACUCCCCCUAUUUGAUUGGAAAUAAAUUAGAAGCAACAGUUGGGAAGCGAAGCACCUUCCCUUCGAUCGUUACUCCAGUGGUGCCAUGUCGAGAUGGUCACCAGCCCAGGGUGGUUAGUAGCAACACAUAUCAGUCCCCAUCAAAAUGCACAGACCUGCCCUUCGAUCAGAAAAUCAGUAAUACUCAUAUGGGUAGAGACAUAUCAGGAGGUAACAGAAUGGAGAGGGUCCCCUAUGCGCAAUUUGGCAGCUGCACUGAAGAGGGAGGAAGGGGGGGGGUUAAGGAUCCCUUUUUAUACAGCAGUAGGGGGGAUAACCCUUGGGCAUUUCAGCGGAAGAAGGAUAUUUUUUCACACAACAGAGGCGAAGUGAACAAAAAGGAGUUGACCUACACGCAGAAGUUAUUUGCUAGCCCCUAUCAUGAGAGCAGUCGUGGAGAGGGCUAUCGAGACGGAAACUAUCGUGAAGGCACCUAUCGUGAAGGCGCCCAUCUUGAAGGCACCCAUCUUGAAGGCACCCAUCGUGACGGCAGACAAAGGAUGCUCACCAGGAGGACAGACACACACGACCUGUGGUGACAGUUUCACGAAGAAGGAAAUUCCAAGAGGGACCUAUGGUAGGGGAAUUACAAACGUUGGGGAACCAAGAAACGCACUCAAGGAUAGCAAUGUGAAUUUGCUGAAGUAUUUUAAGAUGAAUUUCGAGAGGGGGAGGUUCGCCAGCGUUGGGGGUGCUCGUCUUGGGGGGGGUGGCUGCAAUGGGAUGCCCAUAAUUGGUAGGGGCUCGGAUAGGAGCUCUGACAGGAGUUUUGACAGGAGUGUUGACAGAAGUUUUGACAGGAGUGUUGACAGAAGUUUUGACAGGAGAUUUGGUAGGACCCCUGACAGGAGCUUUGGUAGGAGGACUCCUCCCCAGCAGAGUGUCUUCUCCCUGAGGCCAACCGAUGCGGGGGGUGCGGAGAAGAGCAACCUGUUCGAGUCCGUCGAUACGUUCUUUUACAAUUUUAAAAAGAGCAAGACUUCCUCCGGGGGGGAGUCUCUCCAGGUGGAGGCGCGCACUGGCGGAGUGGCUGGCGGAGUGGCUGGCGGAGUGACUAGCGGAGUGAAUGUCGACCCGGUCUUCGAAAUGAAUGCUCGUGUGCGCGGCAGCUCGAGUGGCGUCACUCAGCUGGGCACCCCCAGUGGCAGCGUGACGACUACAACCACUACCACCACGACGACGACCACGAUGACUACCACUACGAUGGGCGCCGUGGGCAGGGGGGCGAACGGAGGAAGCGCCGAAAAUGGCGCAAAUGGAGGGAACGCAGCGGACGAGGCGAACGCAGCGAACACGGCAAAUGCAGCGAACAUGGCAAAUACUGCGAACACUGCAAAUGCUGCGAACACUGCAAACGUAGCGAACAGCGCGGGGGGGCCCGUGCGCAGCGGCAACACCGUCACUGUAACCACCACCAACUGCACGCAGAGGAGGAAGCCGGUGAAGGAGGACGGUCAUACGGGUGUGCAGCAGAGAGAAGGGAACAGGGGCGCUCAGGCUCAGCAUCCCCCCGCAGCGCAGGAGGAAAAAGAAAAAGAAAAAGAAGAAAAAGAAAAAGAGGAUGGAGAAGACGACGAAAAGGACGGACAGGACGAAAAAGACGAAGACGAAAAAGACGAAGACGAACAGGACGAAGACGAACAGGACGAGGAAACGAAAAACAAACACGAGCAGGAGGAGGAGCAUGCUCAAAGGAAAGAAAAAAUAAUUUUAACAAUUCAGUGGAACAUAAAAAAGAUUUCCUUACUCUGUUCGAGCGAGAACUACUUCGUUGUAUCUCCAGAAUACAAAACAGAGACCCUCAUCAACGAGUUCUUUAUCCUGUUAAAUAUAAACAAUGACUUGCAUAUUUUGAUGGAAAACUCCUUUGACCUUCUAUUCUCCUACACAGGAUUCUGUGACAUUCUUUUUUCAGUUACGUGUGGAAUUUAUCAGAAGAAAUUUUGCUCGUAUGACUGCUCUACACUACCUUGGUUUGGAUUUAAUAAGUGGGGUAUUUUAAAAAACUGCAUGGAGAAUGAUAGCAUAUCUAUCACCGUUGAUAUUCAUGAGAUUCGAAGGAAGGACUCUCUUAAGGAGGUAUUUCUGAGCAAUGUAGUAUCAUCUAUGAGGAGUACUAAUGGAAGUUUCGACUUUAAGGAGGGCACCUCUACUUCGUUGGCAGCUCUUGUGGAGGAGGGGGAGAAGGAGAAGGAGGAGGAGAAGGGGGAGAAAAAGAAGGAGGAGAAGAAGGGCCCUUCUUGCAUGAUUGCCACGGCAUCCGCUACAACUGCUGCUAGCUCCUCUCCUCUCGAUGGGGGACGCCAUAGACGAAGCCAAAAAUGCUUCUUCCCUCAAAGUGUAUCUACCACAACCGAAUCUUGCAACAAAUUCGUCGCUCCCAAUGUGAAGAAAAGACACACAGGCAGCAUGCACAUGGCUAGUACGCGCCCGAGUGCAAUCCAAUGGCAUACCAAACAAACCAGCAUGAAUAACUGGAACGGAAAAAUGACAAGUCAGGAAAUGGUCAGAAGCAACAGAGAGACCAACCCAUCGCACGGGAAUAAGCUAUACAAAAUGAUGAAAAAAAAUCUGUACGCUCAUAAAAUAAUUGAGGUGUGUUCCCCCUUGGAGCGUGAUCAUGCAGGGGGGGUAGUUCAACUGUCUCAGGGGAUUCAGGAAGGGACUCCCUUCUCCAAAGGCACCUCUGGCAGCACUGUUCAGAGAGCCACUAAAUGUGGUGGCAGUGAAUGUGUCGGUCAACCCAUCGUGCAGCUGGAACGUUCAUCUCAAAUGAAGAAGGAGGGCCCGUUCGGAAAGGACUCCCCCCAGAAGGGAGGCAACCAAUGUUAA